GAGGCGGAACCGGGCGAGAGCGAAAGCGAAAGGGGCGGCGGGACACACGGUCCAAGACACGAUCAUGGCCAAGGCCUGCGCCCUGCGCCCCGCCGGGGGGGCCGCCAGGAAGGUGGCUGCCUUCCAGGAAGCCCUCUUCAAGGAGGCUGAAGAGUUCCUGGCCACGUUCCUACCCCAGAAAAUCCUGCAGCUGGACAAGCUCCUGAAGGACAAGGCUCUGAACGUGCAGGAUCUCUCCAGCCUCCGAGCCCCGCUGGAGAUCCCCAUCCCUGACCCGCCCCCCAAGGAUGAGGAGGCCAGCACCAUGGAGACCGACAAGGAAGAGAAGAAAGAAGCCCCCAAGUGUGGGUUCCUGAAGGGCAAUGAAGCCAUUGUGGCCCUGCUGGACCGGGUCAAGCCUGAGGUGCUGACACUCAAGGAGAAGUGCAUCCUGGUGGUCACUUGGAUCCAGUACCUGAUCCCCAAAAUCGAGGAUGGCAAUGAUUUUGGGGUGGCUGUGCAGGAGAAGGUGCUGGAACGAGUGACAGCUGUGAAAACCAAGGUCGAGGGCUUCCAGACAGCCAUUUCCAAGUACUUCUCUGAACGUGGAGAUGCUGUGGCCAAGGCCUCCAAGGAGACCCACGUGAUGGAUUACCGAACCCUGGUCCAUGAGCGUGACGAGGCAGCCUACAGAGACAUCCGAACCAUGUUGCUGGACAUUCGGGGCUUCUAUGCCGAGCUCUACCACAUCCUGUCGGAGAACCUGGAGAAGCUGACGAACCCCAAAGGGGAGGAGAAGCCGUCCAUGUAUUGAUGAUGCAGCGCGGCCACAGCUGCCCCCAUACCUGCCCCACGGUGGGUGGGAGAGGGAAGGGGCACAAGGUGGCAUUUACAGGCAAUGCAAAUAAAUGGUUUUCUCAGA